GAUCGUUCGACGUGACAAAGGGCGUUUACACACCUCUCGGCUUUGCUAAUGGAACCGUUUCCAAUGGGGUGGCGCGUUUUGCGGUCCGUUAUGCUUCGGCUGCCCGUUGGCAGGCUGCGACUCUAGCGAAUGCUUGGAGGAUGCCUGACGGUGACCCCGCCUCACCGCCUCCGUCGUGCCCUCAGUCUUCCGUUGACUCAAGCCAAUACUCUGAGGAUUGCCUCUUCCUCAUUCUCUACGUUCCUGUUGCUGCCGCUGCAUCGGGCAAUGGGCUGAACACAUUCGCUUGGAUCCAUGGCGGCUCCUUUUAUUAUGGAGCCGCGACUAACCCCGGUCUGGACGGUUCUACCUUUGCAUUAUCCACAGGAUCCAUUGUUGUAACCCUUCAGUAUCGUCUUGGAGUGCUCGGUUUCAUCCCUCCACAUUCACAAAACGGUGGUAUAAACCUUGGUGUCAAAGACGUCACAACUGCCUUAAGCUUCUUGAGAUCGGUGCUUCCCAGCUUCCAUGGCAAUCCUGACGGUAUCACUGUCGCUGGGCAAAGUAGUGGAGGAAUGAUGGUUCGAGCGCUGAUGGCUGCACCCACUGCGGCCAAAUUGUUCAAGAAUGGCAUCAUUCAGAGCGAUCCUAUGGACUUCAACUUCCUGCCUAUAUCUGCUUACAACAUCCUCCAAUCAUGGUUCUACUCCAAGCUUCCCUGCUCUCCCGCAACAUGUCCAACUUCACAGCUCCUUUCUACCCAGAGCUACUUGCUCGGUAAUGCGUCAACUAUUUCCCCGGCUGCGGGGUCUGCUGAGCCCAUACGCCCAAGCGUUGAUGGACAGUUCAUCACGACAUCGCUGAGCCGGAACUCAUAUCCCUCCCUUCUCAAGCCUCUUCUCGUCACCACUGUUAUGGAUGAGGCGGGCUUCCUUAUUGGUGAAACUCUACCGCUCGGAUUCCCUGAGCAGAACUAUGUGCCUAUUGUACAAGCAACGUUUGGAAAUCGAACGGCGACAAUUCUGGCUUCGCCUUGGUAUAAUGUUUCUUCGAUGAAGGUCGUGCCUGGUCAGCCGGACGAUCGGACGAGAGAAACUCUUUCGGUAUUAGGAUCGGAUGCUACGUGGAGAUGUCCCAGCUGGUCAUUUGCGAGAUCCUAUGCCGCAAGGGGUGGAAAUGUCUAUGUCGGUUUGUUCAGGCGUGGAGCAACUUAUGCCGGAAAUGAUGCUUCGGAUUUCUGCACGGUGGGUGGGAGAGUGUGCCAUCAGGACGAUAUUUAUAUCACGUUUGGCACCACACCUUCGCCUACACCUGACCAGCAGACCCUCACAGCUGAGAUCCAAGCUCGCUGGGGGGCCUUCGUGAAGACAUCAAAUCCCAACCCUUCUAACGCCAAUCUAGGCGAAUGGUGCGCGACAACUUCUACUGCAGUCAAGGCGAUACAAUUUGGCCUUGGCGGUGGCAUAGCCGCAGAGGAUGCCUGCAGGCGUUCCUUCUGGGGGAAUGCUGUGCUCUUUGACUGGCAAAUUUAUGGCGUCUAGACUCUUGCAGGCAUUGCGAAUACCCCCCAUCUCGUGUUAAACCAACAGUUUUAUCUAAGUGCCAUUCGCCAGGCAAUUUCGAAUUUCGUUUUCCACUUCAGCUUUACCAGAUACCUUGCAUUAUUCGUCGAAUCUGAUGUCAUCCACCCUGCGCUAUCACCCCUUUCAUGUCCAUACACCACCUCUUGCCACCCCUGCGCCUUGAUCGUACUGUGCCACCGUCUCCCCUCGCAACGAGCACGUCAAGCACACAAUAUUUCAACCCCUUUGUCCACGUCGCCUCCUUGCCUGUCGCCGUACCGCCUUUGUGGCCGACUACUGGCACAAUCACAACGAGAUCCUUUUUCCCUUCCUUUUAACAAUCUGUUCUGUUCAUUGCCUCGGUGCUGCAUUGCA